UACAAAAAAAAAGGCAACAGUAAUGAUGCGCCUCAAGAAGAUUACGAUCCACGGACACUUUAUGAACGAUUACAAGAACAGAAGAAUAUGAAAGAAGAGUUGUUCCAGGAGCAAACGCGGUUAAGCAACCUGAUCAAACGCGUAGACGACGAAGAGGCCGAAUAUUACCAAACCUUGUCGGAUGUUCAAGAAAAGUUGGAUGUGGAAAAGAGACGAAAGGAAAGCGAAGAAUUAGAAGCUUUCAAAAAG